UGCUCCGUCUCAGUGUUGACGGUACGUGGCCAAUGGCGGACGAAGCCUGUGCUUUGUCUCAAAACCAUAGCCUCCGUUUUGCACAAAUACACUGCAAUACUAACCAUAUAGUCGACGGGUUUUAGUCGUGCGUGUUUUUCGACCCUCAUGACAUCCGCUCCCAUCAGCAUGGAUGUGAAUUUGACCAUCUCCCUGAUGCGGGGCCAAAUGGGCGCUGUUAUCGAGAAAGCCGUGAACGUCGCGGUGGAGACCGUUUUGGGAGAAAUGAUCCGGGUAGUCGGCCUUAAGUUUGAGGAGAUCAAACGGGAGAUGACCGCUAAAGAGAAGGAGAACGAGAACAUUAGGAGAAUGUUGGAGACGUCCAGAUGUCAGAUGAAAACUAUGCGCAAGUACAUGAGCGUCAUUGCGGCUAAAGACCCCAAUCAUAGACCGUACCAGACAGAAGGAGACAUGGCAGCAUCCAGCCCCGGGCUUCACGGCAGAAGAGCGCCGACCAGUACUGUGUCCGUGUGUGCUAAACCCCAAUACCCAUGUCCCAGACCCAGAGUCACUGUACCCGGGCCUGUAGCUGGACCAUCAUGGGCGAGACAGCAGCAGCUGCACAUGUCCAAAGAAACACCAAGAAAUGACAAUCAUCUGGCUGAUCUACAUAUUGAGGAGAUCCAUGGACCAUCACCAGCCCAUAAAGUAGUGGAGAACUCAAAUCCUCAUCUGAUAGACAGCCAGGGGCUUCUGUCUGAGACCAGUGAUCCAAUAUGGGGUCAAAACCCUCUGGCAUCUGCUGACGCUAGACACACAGACAUGCCGGACAGCAGUGUCCUCUCUGCACCCAUGAUGGUGGACGAAAGUAUGCCGUCCCAAACGACAAACACAGUGGCUUUUGGAUCACCAUUGCUGAAGAUCAAACAGGAGGACGCAGAGGUUGAAAUAGUCUGUGUGAAGGAUGAACCUGGAGAAUCUGGUAGCACAUCUAGGCUUGAAUAUCCCAACGCUGAACUUCAUCAUCAAGUAGGGGAACCGGAGUUUGGGGUCCCACUCGAUUUGCCUACACCAUUUCAAACUCUUCAGAGUCCAGGAACUUCCGCAGACCUCGCCAUUCCAGCAUUCAUGGGCAUGGAUCCAUCCACCUAUGAGGACUCUCAGCUGUCUGUGACAGGGGUCCAAAAGCAGGUGCGUCCGAGACGCAAGGACCUGAACCUGUAUGAAGAGUACAAACGCAGCCGAACUCUGAGAGGCCGGAACACAAACAGAGGACGCACUACAAAUCGGCGGCGUGAGCUGGAGCAGACUCUACCACAGGCUCUACUGGCCGACCUGGUCAGAGAACGAAGGGAAAAAACUCGUCUUCGAGUUGCCCGCUGGCGUGCCAAACGCAAAUUACAAGCCUGUCUGAUGGCCUCGCAGGCUGCUCAGUUUAAUGGCACCCCUGGACAGAGUUCGCCAGCCCAGCGCGGAGGCCUGAUCCCCUGUCGCAGGCGAGGCGGAGGGGUGGCACAGCGAGGUGGGCUUGGGUUAAGAAGAGGCCUGGCAGAGACUGGCACAUAUAACCUGCUGCUGCAGCUGGGGCCCAGUUCUGCACAAUCGGUACCGCCACGUGGCAUCAAUGAAGGGGUCAUGCAGACCGCUUCAUCAGUGCUAGCACCACACAGAACUAAUGUAGCUAGAUCACCUUACCAAUAAUUCACUGGAAGAAACACACACUAUUAAACAAUGUCAUCCUGAUUUUGACACAAUCUGUUUGGCAGAGUAUCUUGAGAUUUGAAAACAGGAAUGGGAGUCGAGAAAUAAGAUCAAGUAUAUUUUAUCUGAUAACCUGUGUAAUAGUGCAGGACAGCAAGUCUGAGAUGCUUCUUGACUGUCGAAGGCUGAUGGUGCCAAAAUGUAUGAUGUACUCCAACCUGUAACUGCAUGUUAAUCGGGGUCAUGGUGAUUUGAGAGACUAGAUUUAAUCAUUUAUCUCAGAAAUUGUGUCAGAGUACAUACCAAUUGAACAGGCCUUUAUGAUGCUUCAUUACUGUGGAAAGCAAUGUGUGAUUUCCAUAUUAAAGCCGCAGUCACACUUGUCAUACAGCGUUGUGAAAAGGGGCGGGAUUAAACAAGAUGAUUAGACAUUAAAAAAGCGAGCAAUUGCUCCAUAUUUUAAAUUUCUUUACUGAGAGGUCAUGUUUUAAUCUUCGAUUGCUCUCACGCAAUCACAUGAUGUGAUUUUCGCAGGUCAGAAUUCACCAAGCUUGAACUUUGCAAUGCAGCGAACUGCAAAACUUGUUGCACAAGCAUGCGUUUCCAGUCUGCCACAUUCACAUGCAUAUGAAAGGAAGUCUAUGGGGAGAAAAGUGCAGUGUGACCGCAGCUUCACACACAAUUACAGGUUCAGGCUAUAUACUAUCAGCUCAAUUUUGGCACAGUCUGUUUAAAACAGGGUGUCGUCGUGAUUAGAAAAGUUGCAAUUUGUGUCGAGACACAAGAUUUAUUCAUCUCUUAAAGUGUGUCAUGGCAGACGACAACCAACACACCAAAGGACCAAAAACAUGAUGAUUACAUAUUAACACAACACAAUUAUGCAUUAACACCUUAAGGCUGAUUUAAACUUCUGCGUCAAGUGCACACGUAUGCUCUGGCGCAGCCUUCGUGCUGUCACAUAGCCUGGCCGUGGCUGACACCGACGCUGAUGCACACCUCUCAAAAAAUGUAAGUACACAUGGUAAUGACGCAUAGUGCAAGCUCUGUGAUAGGCCGGCUUGGUAUCGGUGACGAGCGUGGGCUGUGCUGAGAGCUGCGAGCCGGAUGAAGUGAGUGUUUACAAGUGUCGAGUUUCGUGAAGGAGCUCCAGAACUAAAUGACGCCUGUGAAUAAUGGAGUUUUAGCUACUUGUAGCGUUCAGAAAAAACAAAAUACCCACUAAGAAACUUGACACAGAGGAACAUAGUAACCUACUGCCAACUAGUGUUUGGGAAGUGUUAUUGCAGAGCAAACACACAGCACACAGAAGUAUAACGAGCAAGGCUUGCGCCGUAGGUCACACUAUUGACUCGACGCAGAAGUUUAAACCAGCCUUUAGUUUCACAUGUUUUGGCCCUAAUGGCAUUCAAUACACAAUGUCCCCAGAGACAUUUAAAAAAAAAAAAGUCUAACUUGCAAACCCCAAUCAUGUAAUCAUACUAUUAAAAAGAACUUCAUAUUGAUAUAACUGAUAGCUUUUUUUUUUUGGUCAUUACGAUUAGUAUUUUUAUGUGACGUUCGAAUAACUUAAAUUUCCCAAUAAACUGACCCCAUUAAGAAAUAGACACAAAAGAACAUAAAUAUUUCUCAAGGAUUUUGUGGUUGUCUGUGUUCUGCACUCAGCGGAAACCAUGUCCUAGAAAACAACGUCAGACCAAAUGUUCUAGUUAAGUUGGUUAGCUUGUUGAUUUUCUUUGAAUGGAGCUUUAUUUUUAUUUUGAAUUUGGCCGUUCAUCAACUUAUAACCUCCUAUUUACCAUUGUGGUCUAAUAUAUUUCUAGGAAAUAAUGUUGUUGGGUAUAAAUGCCAGGCUGACAUUUGUUAAAAGGAAAAAAAAAAUGUGUGCCAUUGCUUUCUAAAUGAGCACACAUUGCAAAUGUGCUGGAUAAGCAGAUUAAUGUGUUUGAUUUUGAGCAGCAAUGCGGUUUAACAGACUAUGUAAAAAGUGAUGAAUGCUGUUCAUAGUUUCUGGAAAUGAGUCUCUGUUUUGGCAACUGAUGUAAUGGGAUGUUUUGGUAAGAAAUGGUGUGGAAUAUUUUACCGACAAAUUAAAGAGAAAAACUAAGACCUAGAGUUAAAUCAGUUUUGGUAUUGGUUUAAUUAUAGCUUAUUUUCAUAGUUUUUUUUUAAGCCACUGUGUCUUAAAGUGCAAAUAAGGUAUUGUGAACAUUCCUUUCUUAAUUUAGGACCUUCAUCAACAUCAUGUAACUGAAGUACUACAGUACAUUUUCUUCAAAAAGAACUUAAAGCUACAUAUCUUUAUUGGAGAACACAAGUGCUACAGUUUAUGAAGUACUCAGCAAAGUAACCUGAAAUUUCAAUCAGCUCAAAGUGUAGCUGUAAUUCAAUACCAAUUUAAGGCAAUACACAAUAAAGACUACAAACAAAUGUCUGUGAUAUUUGUACACUUACAUUAGGUUGGGUUAAGCUUGUUGUUUUAUGCAAUUGUAUUUACAUAAAUCAUUUUUUGAGUAACUAGUGUCAUUUCAAAUGUUACUAUUAUCUUUUUUUAAUCAGUUAAAAAGAAAGUCCAACCAUUGUCUCAAUGUAGGAUGUAAUUAUUACUAAACAGAGCAAUUCCAUAAUGGUGCUUGAGCCUUAAAAAGCUUUCCUACAUCUUCCAAUUGCUAUGUUCAGUGUUUUAUGCAGUUCUUAAAUGUUCAAUGUUGUGUCACUGUUACAUUUCUUGGUGUAUGUGAAAUAAAAAUAUAAGAUUGUUCCUAAAAAUCACCAAA